AUGGGCAAGGGAAACAAGGCUGCCCCCCAAAAGUCGGCCCCCAAGGCCGGCAAGCCCGCAAAGGCUUCCACCAGCAAAAUCUCGGACGAGCUCCGCAAAGCCGUCAAGGACCUCGGCGGUGACGACAGCGAUCUUGAACUUAUUGCUGGCGUGGACAGCGACGAUGAGAGUCCCCAGGAGGCCUCCAAGGGCAAUGGCAUGAGCGAGAAGGACCUCAAGGCUGCGCUUGGCGACUUUAUGAAGGGCCUCAACUUUGAGAGCAUUCCGGCUCCUGUUGCCAACGCCGCCGACGAGGAGGAGAAUGAGGAGAGCGAGGAAGAGGAAGAGGACGAGGACGAGUCUGAAGAGGAGGAGGAGGCUCAGGUUGAGGCACCAGAGGAGGAGGAGUCGAGCGACGAGAGCGAGGAAGAGCCCGAGUCCAAGCCCGAGCCCAAGAAGAAGGCCGCUCCCGUCAUUCUCUCGACAGAGGUUGUGGACCCCGAGCCCAAGAGCGCGACCAAUGUUCCCCUCAACCCCAACUGGGCCGCCAUGGUCCCCGAGCUUCCCGCCAUGGAUCUCCCGAAGCCCGAGACUUGGAAGGUCAACACCCAGCGCCAGCGUGCCGAGCGUUUCCUUGCCGAGCUCCCCAAGCCCCAGCGCGCCGGCAGCUCGUCAGAUUCUACGUUCAUCAACCAGAUUCUUCAGAGCGGUACACACCAGGACAAGCUUUCGGCGCUUGUUCUGCUUGUCCGCGAAAGCCCCAUUCACGCCGUCGCCGAGCUCGAGCGUCUGCGCGGCAUGGCUGGCUGGCGUGACGGCGCCCCUUCGUCCGGUGGUGGUCGUGACCAGCGUAUGGCUACCGUCCGCGCCCUUGCGGACUGGUGGGUCACUGGUGGUGGAAAGGAGGCUGGCAAGCUCAAGUACUUUGCCGACCAGCCUCUGCUCGCCCACCCCGACGUCACCGACCGCCAUCUCCUGGUGUACGCUUUCGAGGACUUCUUGAAAAAGUUCUUCUUCAACGUCCUCCAGAUUCUCGAGGUGCUCUCGCACGACACCCUCGCCUACGUCCGCACCAAGGCUCUCGAUGUCACCUUCGAGCUUCUUUCCGGCAACGCCGAGCAGGAGCAAAACCUGCUCCGUCUUGGUGUCAACAAGCUCGGUGACACUGACCGCACGGUCGCAUCCAAGGCGUCCCACCACAUCCUGCUGCUUAUGCAGGUACACCCUGCCAUGAAGACUGUCGUUGCCCGUGAAGUUUCGGCCAUUGUCCUCAAGACGACCCUCACUGGUGCUGCCGGCUCCGCCAACGCUGGCGCCCACAUGCGUUUCGAUAACGACGACAAGAAGAAGGACGGUGACAAGGCCGGUUCCGAGGUCAACCAGCACGGCCGCUACUACGGUCUCAUUACCCUCAACCAGAUGACCCUCACCUCCAAGGACAGGGACGCCGCUGGUCGCCUUGUCGAGGUCUACUUUGAGGUGUUCCGCGAGAUCCUCGGCGAGGAGCAGAAGAAGGGAGAAGACGAGAAGACGAACGCCGCCGAUGGUGUCGACGAGAACGUUACGGGCAAGGUCGAGAAGUGGCGUGGUCGCCGCAAGGGAGCCAAGCCCAAGGGCGGCCGCAAGGCGGCUCAGGAGAAGGAGGACCUCGUCGAGUCGCACGACGCCAAGCUGGUCGCUGCUGUUCUCACCGGUAUCAACCGUGCCCUUCCCUUCGCCAAGAUUGACGACAAGCUGUUCAACGAUUACAUGGACACUCUGUUCAAGAUUUGCCACGCCGGCACCUUCAACACCUCGAUCCAGGCCCUGCAGCUCAUUUUCCAGGUGUGCCAGUCGCGCCAGUCCGUGUCCGAGCGCUUCUACCGCACCCUGUACGAGUCGCUCUUUGACCCCCGCCUCCUCACCUCGUCCAAGCAGGUCAUGUACCUCAACCUGCUGUUCAAGGCGCUCAAGGUCGACGCAUCCCUCCCCCGUGUCAUGGCUUUCGUCAAGCGUCUGCUUCAGAUGCUCAGCUUGCACCAGCCCCCCUUUAUCUGUGGUGCCCUCUACCUCCUUGGCGAGCUGUUCGAGACCACGCCUGGUCUCCGCCGCAUGCUCAUCGAGCCCGAGGACGACGGAGAGGAGCACUUUGUCGAUGCCGACGCCAAGCCCAAGGCUGCUGAGGCCGAGUCUUCCGCGAGCGCUGCCACUGCCUACGACGGCAAGAAGCGUGAGCCCAUGUACGCCCACGCCGAGACUUCGUGUCUCUGGGAGCUGGUUCCCUUCCUGGACCACUUCCAUCCCUCGGUCUCCCUCCAGGCCAGCCAGCUCUUGACAGGCCAGCCCAUCACUGGCUCGCCCGACAUUUCGUUCAACACCCUCAUCUCGUUCUUGGACAAGUUUGUCUACCGUAACCCCAAGAAGACCGUCCAGCCCAAGGGUGCGUCGAUCAUGCAGCCUGCCGCUGUCAACGACCACACCGGCAACGUUAUGCGCACCCGCGGCCCUAGGGUUGGCGAGGAGGGCAGCAGUGUCAACACCGAGGCGUUCUGGCGUAAGAAGGUCGAGGACGUGCCUGUCGACCAGCUCUUCUUCCACAAGUUCUUCUCGGCCAAGCUUGCCCAGAAGGACGCUGCCGCGGCCAAGAGGUCCAAGAAGGCCAAGGCCGACGACGACGAGGACUUUAACAGCGACGACAUGCCCGAGCUCCCCUCUGACGUCGAGGACAUGGAGGACAGCGACGCCGAGGCUGAGGCUGCUGAGGACGACGACGAGGCGGACGACAGCGACCCAGAAGAGGCCGAGAUCUGGAACGCCAUGAAGGCUUCGAUGCCCGAUGUCGGCGACGACAUGGGUCUCAGCGAGGACGACAGCGACAGCGAUGACGACAUGGUCGACUACUCGGACGACGAUGAGGAGGAGGACGAUGAUGAGGAUGAGGAGUCCGAGGCCGAGGCCGUCCCCAAGUCCAAGAAGGGCAAGGGCAAGGCGCCGGCAUCCGACGACGAGGACUCGGAGACCGACGGCGAGGACUUCCCAGACUUUGACGACGACGAGGACGACCUUAUCCCUCUGGACGAGAUGCCCGACGAGGUCCUGGGUGGCUCCGCAUCAGAGGAAGAGGAGGAGGACGAGGCUGCGGGUGCCAAGCGCAGGAGGAAGGAGGAGCGCAAGGCCAACAAGAAGCAGAGGCGGGAAGCUGCCACGUUCGCGUCCUACGAGGAUUACGCUGCUCUCAUCGAGCAAGAUUAG